CAAUCAUGAAGUGUUUUUUUUUCUUCUUUUCAUUUUUUUUUUGGGGGGGGGGGUCCAAAACCAGCACUGAUUGAAAGGGCCGUUCCUUCCGAUGUUCAAUCGAACCAGCCCAUAUGACCCAAAGGUCGUGCUCGCCUCUCCCCCCUCAGUUUUGCUUCCAAAAAAAUAUCAUGGUCUCCUUACUGCAAAUAAAGAUAUCUUCCCGAGUUUCACUGGACCAUGUUGAACUACUGCCAAUUUAGGCGGGGCCAAAGUUCGUGUGAAUCGCGAAAACCAUGCCACGAAUACAUCUAACUAGUGACCAGGGUUUUGCGUCUCGGGUAGACCUUUGUGACAUAGAAUGAAAGAGUGUGGCCCUAACAUUCUCCCAAUGUCAAGUUCUUCAUUCGUGUUUCAUUUUCGGCAAGCGAAACAAGGCUGCAUUUUGGCGGUAUUUCAUACAACUUUGCUCCCUAGCCAGCCUCAGGGUACUUAUUGCUAAGAGCACUCUUCGCACAAUCUGGAAGGGACAAAAAAAAUUCAGCGUGUUCUUUGCCUUCCAUACUUCAAAAUCACAUGUUUUGAAGGCCGACCACAUAAUACUUUUUGCCCCAUGUAACUCCAAAUGCCGUACUUUUGGUAAAGUUGGGAAUUUUCAACGCGGUUUUUGAGAACGAAGCGUUCGGUCAAGAAAAAAUCGAACGGAUGGAGAUGACACAUCAAUGCCCAUAGUAACGCAUAUAAAAAAUAGAGAAGGUACUUUUUGAUUAGGGCGAGAAAAUAUAUAUAUAUAUAUAUAUUGUUUUUUUUUGUCCCACCCACUCUUCAGAUACUACGCUACGCUGGGGCGCGCGCGGCUGGGGCGCGAGGCUUGAUUCCGCGAACAACGUUUUUUUUUUUUCCUUUUUUCGUGUGGUUAAGUUAUCCUAUCCGUUAUGGGGAACCAGAGCAUACAUUAUAUGUACAGCUAAAUCACACCUAUGCAACUACAGCGUACUAGCGCGAGACAUUCAUGUGGUGCUUGGUAGUCUAUCCACACCGAACAGCUGGCUGUUGAAUCUCCACCCAAGCAGGCUGAAAUUAUAAAACAGUUUAUUUUGCAAUUCAUACAGCCUAGAUAUUGUAUUUUCGCGAUUGUAACAGUUUGAAGUAAGAACAAAAAGGCACCCACAUAACUGAAUGCACAACAGUUUCAUUAUUAUUUCAUAUUUUCUUUUCAAACGUUAAAAAGCAAAGACGACCAUUGGUAGAGUAUCUCAUUAAAAGUGACCAGUACAAUUUUCUCUGCACGGCGAAAAGGACUUGAACGCUGCUGCAAUGAAGUUUCCGUGCGCGCCACGCACUUUCAUACCGCAGGCCUUCAUUUUGCACGCGCGCGUUUGGUGAUAGUUACUCGUGAGCAUUUCUCACAUUAUUCACCGCCACGCUGUGCGCGUUUUGCCUUCACUUACUUAAAUGUAGCAGCACGCUAAGUGAAAGCUCUAGACAACCAUAGCGAAGAAACACAACGACUCUCCUAGGGUGUUGAGGAGAUUCAAAAGUGCCUCCUACCAUUCCCACUUCAGCCAUUGUUCAACACGACGACUUCAGCAAGAAACUUGGAGCACGAACAACGUCUGUGGUCACCCGGCAUGCAUCAGAUGUGAGAGAGACGAUCAUAGAUAAAUCAGCUGACCGCGGAUGAGCUCUCCUAAGCCGAUUUCAAGGCCAUGUGUUAAAGGUUUCGUGUAUGUGAGGAAUUGGAAACUCAAGAAACGUGCGCAGAACCCGCGCAGUGCCCACAAACAUCGCUUACCAUAGAUCCUUCAAAAAGUUAAAGCAUAUGUGUCACAUGAGAUUUUUAAAGGUAUUCAUUGUAUAUAAUACCUUGUAUUAAAUGUUGUAGAUCUCUCUCACCUCUUCAGUAUAGACUCUCAGCAAUUAAAACUUGUCAGGGAGAUGUGAUCAUUGUUUCAGUUAAUAGGCAUGCACGUAUACAUGUAUGCUAUAAGAAGAAAACGAUUUCUUGAUAAGGCAAAUUUCCUGUCUACUGAUGUUGUUUGCAUCUACUGUUGAUCACAUUCAUGCCGCUCUAGGUUUAUCUCCGGCCCUUUGGAACUCUCUCAAGUGGCCUUUGCUUCAGGAGGAGCGCCCUCGAGCAUGUCAAUUAGUUGCAAAAAUAUUGACGUAUUUAAGAAUAUUACACUGCUUGAGUGAUUUCAGUUCAGGUAAGUUGCAGUGGUAGUGAACAUUUCACGGUGUCGAAGGCGCGGUUCCUUCAGGAUAUACGAAUGUCUUCGAGCACGUGAGUACGCAAGGAGGACACUCAAUUUGGCACAACCGGGCCUGCAAGUUAUCAGAACAAAGAAACAAAUAAAAAUGUGCUGCACUUCGAAAGGAGAUAAGCCUUGUGUCUCAAGGAGGCGUUACCACUGUCUAAGUAAUUUAUUUGGUUAAGGUUACAUCAAUACCUAGAUUAACUGGCCAAACGAGCGUGAUCUAAUUGCGUGAAGUAAUUAUUUGUGCUGCUUCGGUGUGUCCAUAUCUGCGAGGCAUUACUCCAAAGCCUCCGCUGCCGCUCACUAAAAGACUAAAAUUUCUACGGCAAUGCUUGAUAUAAAUCACACUGAACGUAUCUACAACAACGGCUGUGAUUCUACGGGACGACUUCUUUCUACCAUGCGUUUAUGCAUGGUAGAAAGAAGCAUGGGACAUUAGACACUGUUGUUGUUAAACUCACAUCACUUCUUAUUGAAAUAUCGGCAGUCAAAUGUGGUGUAGCACAAACUCCAGCUCUGCAGCAGUGAAGGAAUACAAAACAUAACGUAAUUAAACGGACUGUGAAGCGAAGAAUAACCCCCAUAUUUCUGCCCAUUACCGUGCACAACAUCACUGUUCGAUAGAAGCAUUACUUCUCAGUUCGGCAUAUUUUUACGCAUAAAUAUUUUGAAGAUUGCCGGAACAUGGACGGUGCUGCCAACGAACAGCAAAAAAAGAGCAACUUGGGUCCAGGGUCCAAGGCUCACAGGGAUUGGUCAACUCCUAGAACGCGCCCACUGCUACACUAACGGCUUCUUGGGUCUAUAUUCUUGAGCUCGGCGGACGUUACUGGGGCGGGUAGCUGUCCAGGUUCUUCACCUUGACUUCACGGCCAGACGCUGGGCCAAAACAGAAUAACCCCGUCAUGGACCAAGAGGAGGCAGAGAAUACGACAGCGAUUCGCCGCAGCAUGCACAAGGACAUAUGCAUCAGCGGUUUCUCGAGAGCGUCACGGAACGAGCGCAUGGAAGCCGUAAAGCGGUGGCUCGAAGACGCUCCUCAUCUGACAAAGUGGAUAUCCCCGGACGACGGACACUCGGCUUUGUACAGGGCCGUGAAGAAUAGGUUAUUUGAUGUGUAUGCUUUUCUCUGCUUUCGCAAAUGUACCUUCAAAGAUGAUGAAGAAGCAAAGUGCCUUUCUGAUCUCAAUGAAUACGAGCGACUCGUCCUUCGUCGACAAAAACGGCAUUUUGUUACCCCUGUUGGGGGCUCGCAUAUACUAUACGUGAAAAGCAAAACACGGCAGCACGAAAUAGAUAUGGAUGCUGAUAAGAUCAUGGACAAGAUCUACAGAGACCUCGACAGUUUGGAGCUGGUAUGUCCACUUCUGAAAGCAUGUGUAGACGCGCGUUACAUGGAAAUCGGAUUCACCUCUUUGGGACAGGGCGUAGGUAACAUCACGGGCUCUGCGUGCCGCUGCCUCAUGGGACUGACCGAAUUCGACCUGGAGAAAAUCUACGUCAGUCUAGAGAAAGGAGAGAAUGAAGCUCGCGGGACCUUAGCGCAUGAGCUUUGCCACAUGGUCAUGUAUCGUAUCUAUCAAAAUGGUGGCAAGCCUUACCGGAAUAACGACAACGAAAGAGCAACUCUCUACACGCGUGUCUUGCGAUGCACCGAGGAAAAAGUAAAGCAGAUAGUGGCGUCGAGCGAUGAAGAGAAGAUCCUUGCCGAUAUUUUCAUUAAUGCAUUUUCCGAAAAAGGUAAAGAACAACAAGAACUCAUUGCCCGUAUUCCCCAUAUUAUUGCGUACUGUCAAAAUGAGGGCAAUGGAGUCACCUUUCUGAAAAAGUGGGCGAGAGAUUUGCUCAAGUACUACCAAGAUAAAGUUGUACCUGACAUCUCUAAAUACAUCGAGAGUCUGGAUCAUGGAAAGGAUGCCGAGGAAAUCGAGAGAGAAAACAGACGUCUCGGAAAAGUUCCUCAGAUAGAAACGAUGAAAGUGCAGUUCAUCCGGGCAAUUAAUAUUGAAACAUUUCCAGAUGCGCCGCUUCUGAUUCUUAAAGGACCUAACUUACCUUUACUUGAGGCCCUCGUGCACGACUGCUUGCAAUUCGCAAGAGCAUUGUCAUUAUUCCUCGAGACAGACAAAUGGAGUAAAAAUGUUGAACAACUUUUGCUGAGCCGCCUCUGUGAAUUUGUGGUCCUCACCGAUGUUACGAAACUCAAUGUCAGAGAACCGCUGCAAUCGUUAUUCCCACUCGUCGUAGGACCAACAAGAAUAAUGCUUCUCACUGGAGAGAGUGAAACAGAGAGCAUAAAGAAGGCGGCCAGUGUGGUAGGCUUCCCCGAAUCUGACAUACACGUAGAAACCGUUCGAGAGGCUUCCAUGCAGAACGUUGAUUCACAGUAUAAGAAAACCAUUCUGAAGAAUUCUGCCGUCGUCCUACAGUCCGGGAAGGACAUUUCCGACCUUCUCGGCGAAGAAAAUGUAGCGAGCUACAUGGACGAGUCGUCGUUUGCGGCAUUCUGCCGAGAUCGACAGAUUGUGAUUGGGCCACAGGUGCCACAUCUUCCAGCACAUGUCAGAGAAUGUUACAUUGAACGUCAUAUUACGAGAGCAGCGGUCGUUGACAUGAAGAAAGCUCGUCCGCGCCCAAAUGAGACAUUUGUAAUACUAGGAGAAGAAGAUACUUUGCGAAAUGUUUUUGCACAUUCCGGUGAUCCUAUGCCUGAACAUGCCAUGGUAAAAAAUGAGCAAUAUGUCUACACCCGUGACAGAGCAGACUGCGAAGAACUCUUGCUUAGAGAGAAUGUAGUACACGUGUUCCGUUAUGAUAGAACUAAUAGACACUUCGUGUGGGAGAAGUCGAAUGACGCUCUGGGUCACGUAACAAUGAAGAACAGAAUGGAUUACACUGAGGAAACGUUGUCUAAUGUACCACAGAACACUGUCGUCGUAUGUGGGAAACCGGGUAUAGGAAAGACUGUUUCGUCCCAUCGUCUUUGUGAACAGUUUAAGAAGCAUCACUAUCAGGUGUGGGUACUUCACAUUGACCUCCCCAGCGUUACCGAACUCUUAAGAAACAUGAAUGUGAAAAAUGUGAAAACUGAACAGUUGGCGGAACUGUGCAAAGUGAAAAGGCACGGAAUGGAAUACAGGCUGUUCUGUGAUUGCGUUAAAGUAGGAGCACCUUUGCAAAUUGUCUUAAUUCUUGAUGCAUUGGACGAACUUCCAAAGGAUUGUCUAGAGAAGGCACUCGAUCUAACGAGGUACCUCGAAAGCACAAAAGUGCACAAGACAUUUCUUUUCAGCCGUGGCUCAUUGAAAUCGAAAAUACAAGACCACCUGCACACGAUUGCGUUUGUAAUGACUCCGUUCGAUGAGGACGACAUAGAAACCUAUAAGUGCAUAGUCAGAAGACUCAUUACUCGAAAGAGAACCGAAAAAAUGUCAAAAGGGUCCGGCGAUGCUUGUACACCUACGUCCGGAGUGUGCUUAGUCGAAGAAAAUCCCAGGUUGCUUCGGAUGACUCUAGAAAUAGAAGAAGGUAUGGCCUUGGAUGAGGAUCAUGACCAGAUCCUACAACAUCUACGAGCUCAGCUUCAUAAUACUUCCUACUGUCCUACACGUAUGCUCUGGGAGUACGUGUAUCAGCUGUGUAGUAGAGAAAAGAAGAGAGAACAUAUUAGUAGUAAGUACUGGACUCUCACGGUGCACAACGCUCAACUGUCCUGAACACGAUUUAAUUAGCAAUUAGAGCUAAUUGGGACCCCCCACAUUAAUCAGCACCCUCCAGGGAGCCACCACACUAAUUGGGGAAAGUCUAACUCGUGUCCAGACCAGCUGAGCUGAGCGUUGUGCACCAUGAGAGUCCAUAAAAAAGAAAAAUAAUAGGCAGAAAAUAAAAUAAAAAGAUGGAAAUAGA